AUGCGAGUAGUUGUAAACCUUCUUGGAGGAGAAGACAUCUAUUCUUUAUCAUUAGUUCUUGUGGUGCUAAGUCUGAUAAUAAUAGCUUUAAACGUUGCACGAGCUGAUGCUGAGAGCAAGGUUCAUAUAGUGUAUUUAGGUGAGAAGCAGCAUGAUGAUCCUGAGUUUGUCACAAAAUCUCAUCACCAGAUGUUGUCGUCACUUCUUGGAAGUAAAGAGGAAGCACAUAAUUCACUGGUGCAUAGUUACCGACAUGGCUUCUCAGGCUUCGCUGCAAAGCUUACCGAGUCACAAGCCAAGAAACUUGCUGAUUCACCUCAAGUUGUUCACGUCUUACCGGAUAGUUUCUACGAACUUGCCACAACUCGGACUUGGGACUACUUAGGUCUUUCUGUUGCCAAUCCAAAGAAUCUCCUAAAUGAUACAAACAUGGGUGACCAUGUCAUCAUUGGCUUUAUUGACUCAGGAGUGUGGCCGGAGUCUGAAUCGUUUAACGACAAUGGGAUUGGACCAAUACCAAGCCAUUGGAAAGGAGGUUGUGAAUCAGGAGAAAACUUCACAUCAACAAACUGCAACAAUAAGCUCAUAGGAGCUAAGUACUUCAUCAACGGCUUUCUUUCAGAAAACAAAGAUUACAACACUACUCAAUCACGUGACUACAUCUCCCCUAGAGACUUCAUUGGCCACGGCACGCACGUAGCCUCUAUAGCAGGUGGUUCCUUUGUUCCUAACGUGAGCUACAAGGGACUCGCUGGAGGAAACUUGAGAGGUGGUGCACCGCGUGCUCGCAUAGCAAUAUACAAGGCUUGUUGGUAUGUAGAUCGUCUAGGAGGAGUGACUUGUUCCUCUUCUGACAUCUUGAAAGCGAUGGAUGAAGCUAUGCACGAUGGUGUUGAUGUUCUGUCGCUCUCUCUCGGCGCUCAAGUUCCUCUGUUUCCUGAAACUGAUAGAAUUGCUACUGGAACGUUCCAUGCAGUAGCGAAAGGCAUCGUAGUUGUUUUCGCCGGCGGGAACUCUGGACCAGCGGCUCACACCGUUACCAACACUGCUCCUUGGGUCAUUACCGUUGCUGCAACCACUUUGGAUCGGUCUUUUGCCACACCUAUUACACUUGGGAACAAGAACGUGAUACUGGGUCAAGCAUUGUACACAGGACCAGAACUUGGCUUCACUAGUUUGGUUUAUCCGGAGAAUCCAGGGAACAGCAGUGAGACCUUUAGCGGUGUCUGUGAGCGUCUUAACCUCAACGCGAACCGUACAAUGACAGGCAAAGUUGUCUUGUGUUUCACGUCAGAAACGCUUUACUCUGCUGUAGCGAGAGCUGCCUCUUAUGUGAAAGCAGCUGGUGGUCUUGGUUUGAUCAUUGCAAGAAAUCCUGGUUACAAUCUCACUCCGUGUACAGAUGAUUUCCCCUGUGUAGCCGUUGAUUACGAGCUCGGGACUGAUAUACUUCUCUACAUCCGCUCCACUAGAUCACCUGUUCUGAAGAUACAACCUUCAAGAACACUCGUAGGACAACCUGUGGGAACAAAGGUCGCAACUUUCUCAUCAAGAGGACCUAACUCUAUUGCCCCAGCGAUUCUCAAACCUGACAUAGGAGCACCGGGAGUGACUUGGAGAACAGAUCCAUUCGGAGAGCAAAUCUUUGCUGAAGGGUCAUCUCGUAAAGUAGCUGAUCCGUUUGAUUACGGUGGAGGACUCGUGAACCCUGAGAAAGCUGCUGAUCCAGGUCUUAUAUACGACAUGGGCACAGAAGACUACGUUCUCUACUUGUGUUCCGCUGGUUAUAACGACACAUCUAUCUCUCAGCUUGUUGGUAAAGUAACAGUCUGUUCAAACCCUAAACCUUCUGUUUUUGAUGUUAAUUUGCCUUCGAUCACCAUCCCAAACCUCAAAGACGAAGUCACGCUCACAAGAACUGUUACUAACGUUGGACCGGUUGAUUCGGUUUACAAAGUUGUGGUUGAGCCACCGCUUGGGAUUAGAGUGGCUGUGACGCCGGAGACGUUAGUGUUCAACUCGAAAAACAAAAGUGUUUCCUUCACGGUUCGUGUCUCGACCACACAUAAGAUCAACACUGGCUUCUACUUUGGAAGCUUGAUUUGGAGAGAUCCUGCGCAUAACGUGACUAUUCCUGUUUCUGUGAGAACACAGAUUCUACAAAACUACUAUGAUGAGAACUAA